CUUCGUAUAUAUACGUAUAUAUAUGUAUGCGAAAACUCAUACGUGUCUAGAUAUACUUACGAUACAAGAGUAUUAUGUUUCAAAAACGUAUUUCAGACUAUGUAUGUGAGAUUUAAGAAACGUUCUACCCUUGUUUACAGUUACGUCAUGCCCGCUAUGUUCGUAACUCCAGUUUGAAGCAUAGAAAAUCACAACACACAAUCAACGACCUAUAAAGAUUACGAUGAAACUCUUAUUACAAUUGACGGCCCCGUUUAAGAACAGUACCCGCCUAGCAUACCAACCUUCCCACUGGGUACCAUUGCGUCAGCCUCAAACAACAGUCCAGGCAAGGGCCAUGAGCAGCAACAGCGUCAAGUGGCUGAAUCCUGCUGACCGAGAAGCGACCAGUUUCCACGUCGCCUACGAGCACGGCACCAGGAAGGGCGUUUAUGGGAUGACGAUCAACACGACGAAGGCUCUGAAGGAGGAGGAGGUCAGGCUAUCCCUUCGCCACCUCAGGAGAAAGCACCCACCUCUAAGAAUAGGUCUCCAGCGACGGGAUGGCACCGUGUGGUUUUGUGAACCAGAUGAUAGUAGCCUAGACUUUAAGGUAGUCCACGAAGGAGCAAGUAUAGUGGAGGAGAUCGAGAAAGUGAGUAAGGAAGGCCUCCAGAACGCGAACCGAACCUCGUGGGUGCUCAGGCUGAUCCCCCGUGGUGAGGACGUCCCUUGCGCUGUUCCAGGGGCUAGGUCUCGCUUCCCACACCAGUACGAUGUCAUUUUCACAGGGCAUCACGCCAUAGCUGAUGGUCAGGGCGCCAUGAUGUUUGUCGUAUCGCUGUUGGAAUUUAUCAAUGACAUUAUGAAUGGGAACACUAUCGAGGAAGAGGAAGAGGAAGGUGAGGCCUUUCAGAAGGACGAAAUCUGGGAACUGGAAGCAAGCGUCAAGCAGAAGUUGGAGAAGGAUCCGCAGCGGCACGAAUUCGUCAAGCAGAGUCUCCCAUCUCCAAGCACGACCCCUUUACUCCUUCAAGCUUUUCCUCGACCUACGGGCGUCAUUCCGUCCACCAGACACGUAGCCCGCGCCGUCGAUUCCCACGUCACCAGGAAUUUACAGAAGAAGUGCAAAAUUCACGGAGUCACUCUCAACAGCGUGAUUGUGGCCUCGCUCAACGUCGCCAUGAUGAGGCUGUUAAAGGAAGCUGGGCUGUCUCAGCAGUCCUACACCAUCCGCAGCUGCCACGCCGUCAACUUAGGACGGUAUCUGAAACGAACGCCUCCUAGUGCUGUAGGUGGCUACGGCCUCCUGCUCUCCUACGCCGCAGACGUGGAUACGAACGCCCAGGCAAACUUCUGGCAAUACUGCAAGAAAAUCAACCAAGAGCUGAAGGAAAGCCUGCGCUCGGGGCUCCCGCUGGAACAGAAGAUGCUGAAGCAGAUGAUGCACCCGAACGCUUCUCCUGAAAAAGAGUUUCAGGACGGGAUUCCUGUGGUUCACGACUUCGGUGUUACCAACGUGGGCAGCUUCCCUACCGUAGAACCAGGUCCCGAUGACAACAUCCUCAUCACCGACGUCGCCUCCUACAAUAUUCUGCACCAGUUCGUUCAUAUGAAUCUGUUCCAAGUCCUCACGUUCAGAGGCCGUUGCAUCUUCACCAUGAGUUAUGCAACUGAUUAUAUUGCAGAUGAGACGGCGACUUCUUUUGCAGAUGAGCUCAUGUUGGUCCUGCAAGAAGUCAGUGACAUCUCCAAUUUAUGAUCUUGGGAUUUAUUUGUCGAUUUCUAUGUAGGUGAUCAAACUAUUGAAGGAUGAUAACCAUGGAAAAUCGUCUGGGUACAGAAAGAAAUGAGCAGUAGGAUUUUGUAUCUUCGUGAGGCAGUAUAUUUCUUUGUUAGUUAUAUACGGAAAUUACUAACA